UGCAAAUUUACAAAAUUAAAACCCAAUUAACCCAACUACAAAAAAGAAAAACUUGACUCAACUGAAUGAAGAAAUGAAACGCUAAAUUUGCAUUAUUGCUUUUUAUUCAUAGACAAAGUCUCAAUUGAAUUAGAGACUUGAUCGACAUUCGAAUUGGAAUUGUGGGCAAUUCUCAGAACAGACUGUGUCGUCGUAUAGUCAUCAAGAUUUUGUAAAAGCAGAUUCUGCUGGUAUUUGGUGCUUUUUUUGGAAUCCUUCUUUGCUUUAGAGCGUUUUUUAAUUCCCUGUGAAGUAGAUUUCGGCUUCUUUUGUUGGUUUGCUCGUUUUUGAGCCAUUUGGUAAAAGUUGGAAUUUUUUGGUUAGCGACGAAAACCUAUACGAUACAAGCAAAUACGGGCCAUAAGAGAUCAUAAGACCUGUCUUAAGAAAAGAGAGAAAAUGAACAAAGAAUCAUUCAAACCAAUUGAAGUUUUGCAUACACUGGCCACUUAUCCUUUUUUUGGAGCUUUGAAAGCAGUAGAGACGGAUUUGCGACUAGGUCAGCAAUGGGACGAGCUGAAAAUUCACAUGCUUAAAAUGUAUUCAGAGAAGGAACGGCCGUUGCUCUCUGGUAUCCCGAAAACGGGCUUGUUACAGAAAAAGUUGCAAUAUGUUUUCCCAGUACUUCUGCAGGAAACAAUUUCCAUUAAGACGCUAACUGCAAUCUUUGAUUCAAUGAAAAAACAAAAUCUUCUACUUGUACAAGACGAACGGGGUCUAUCAGGAAAAGAAUCUUACAUAUACUUGGGUAUAGUUUGUUCGGAUUCUACAGUCGUAUAUUACAAAGUAACAGAUGGACUUAUGAAGCCUCGCCAAAACGAUGAAAAUUAAUGGACGUCUAUAUAGUAUUUUUUUUUUUUGGAACAGAUACAGGAUAGGUUGGUUGCAUAGUUCACUUGACUGGUUUGCGUGUUCAUCCAAGACAAAUGGAGUAGAAGUCAUCCUUAACAAGUCAUAGUCUUCUCGAGUGAGCUACACUUCUAUAUAGCAUGCACAUCUUCCAGACUCAAUAUCUGGGCAAUGGUUUGCAUCCGGGCGAAAAAGGUAUCCAAUAGUACUCAGAUGGAGAGUUGGAGAAUCGUAAACUUUCAGCACUAGAGAAAGUAUAUCUGAUUCUGCUAUUUCAUUGUUAGUUUUGUAAACAUUUCAACAAAUAAUAAUAAGGAAAGGUGAGAUACAUACUCCAUCGAUGAUAAUAAAUGCCUCCUUCGUUGAGCAAGUGUUGAGUCAGC